AUGGACGCUACCAUUGAAUCGAAUCUCCAUGAAUCAAAUAGAAAAUGUAUUACCAAAUCCGAGUACAAUGCAAUGGUUGACUGGAUCGACUCGUCAAUCAAAAACAACUAUGAUUUUAUUCUAAACCGGUAUGGUGUGUUGACCUCAAACGCACUCAUCAGAUAUCCCCACUUACAUAAAAAUACUGUUAUAAGUAUUGUCGACGGUCGAGUUCAACAAUAUGUUCGUCAACGACAUCAUAAGGUCUUUUCCAGCACUUCCAAUGCUAAUUCCCCUUCACAUUCUUCAGCCACAUCUCGGACUACAGCCACAACAAAAUCUAAGCUAUAUAUGAAUUAUCGUCAACAAGAACGCACUAAUAAACAUUUAAUCGGUCCUUCAAAAACAAUGAAUGAGAGGUACAAGGAAUUAGUAGCUAAUGGUACUGUGUCAUCUCCAUUGAUCACAUUAGCUGAUAAAUUGCGUAUGCCAGCUAUGUUGGUCGCAAAAUGUGUACUUACCGAUCAAAUAAAAGAAGAAAAAUUGAAAGAGAAACUUGAUCAGCAGCAUUCCAUCAAUGACGAUAGUUUAAAUAGUAGCAUAUUAAAUGAUACAAGUGUUGGAUCAACUUCUAGUAACUUACAAAAUGAUAGUGAUAUGGAGUUGAAACAAGAUUUAAAUGCCAACGACUCUACAGCAAAAGAAUUGGAUACUUCGUAUAGUAUCGAUGAACAGUUAUCUAAACAGUUAAACUGGCUCACCUGUAAACUGCGCUCAAUGCAUAAAUCUGAUUUAGACUUAAAUAAAUCUGAUUAUAGUUUGAAUAAUAGUAAUUCAUACUGUAUUCCGACAACUGAUAAAAGUUUGAAUUUAACACCACAUCAAUUGGCUAUGUCUACUUGGUUAAUACGUAAAGAUCCACAGUUAGCUUACGAAGUAUAUAAGUCGUCUGUUGUAGAUGGGCAUUAUGGAUCAUGUGUGGAAUUUAUCAAAAGCUGCAAUGGCAAGCGCUUUGAACAAAUUUUGAAGCAAAAUAUGACAGGUUUGACCAAGUCCCAGACAAACAAACCUGAGAGAAAUUAUACAACUGAAAAGGAGUGCAGGCUUCGUGGUUUAGAUAUGACACCUGAUGUGGUCCUUAACGAACCUAUUGCUAUUUUAUUGUCUGACGUUCACAAUACGAAAUACAGUCAAGAAUAUACAGCGACAAAUUAUGUUGGAGGAAGUGAAAAUGAAAUUCGAGUGUUAAAUUGGAUAGAAUCUAAAGCAAUGUUUGGUGGCCCUGAUCAAUUACGUAAAUCUACUCAAGGCCAAUUGUUUCCUUACUGGAAUCGUUAUGGGCCGGGAGCUGUAAUAUAUUGGUUUGGGCAUAUUUUGGAAGAUAACGACAAAGUAUAUGGUAUCCAUGCUGGUGUUUCAUUAAACAAAAAUCCUAUUGACAUCAUUUCUGCAAGCGUUACUUCACCAUCUAAAAAUGAUUCAGCAGAAUUAUCUGCAUUCAAUUUUUGGUCAAAAUAUUGUCUAUUAAUGGACGGAUUUCCUGCCACCAAUAAAAUUGUGAUGCACAACCGCCAAAAUGGUUUAAAAAAGAAAAACUCAACUACAGUUUCAAUGACAGUUUAA